AUGUCUACAGAAGCUGAUGCCGUUGCAUCAGCUACAAUCGAGCUACUCGAGAGCCGUCUGCACAGAUUAGAAUAUCUCUUGACUGGCGAGACACAAUGGACUGGACAACCAUCCACAGCACCCAACACAGACUCCUUGGAUGAUACUGUCGCGCGUCGUUUGAAUAGAUUGGAGAGUACGCUCAAUUCUUUGAGUAAAUCAAAUCCGGCAGUGCGUGAUGUGUUACAACUCUAUUCUCGUUACCCCGAUCUAUUCCCAGGCACCACUUCAACUCAAACCGAUAAUAUACCCGCAGGACUAAGUACACAAAACCUCGCCUCAAUCGUCCUAUCCUAUGCCACCACAUUCCCCGAAACCGCAUCGCGACUCUCGUCACUCAAAGAUCUCCCCAUCCCCGACGCACAAGCAUCCACCGCGUUGAUUGAGCUUCAACCGCGACUCCAGAAGCUGCUGAGUAUUCAGGAACAACAGGCUACUGAAAUAUCCGAAUUGAGGGCGCGCAGUGCGCGGCUAUUGCAGCGGUGGUACGAGUUGGGUGUUCUGGGCAAUAGUGAGUGUUGGGCGGAAUGGGAGUCGCGGUUGGAGGACGUUGAGCGGGAGGUUAAGAGGCGCGAGGUUAUACGUGAUCGAAGGGCUAGAGAAAUCUGA